AUGUUCCACAACCCCACCGCCUCAACCUACCAACACCCCAUCCCCUCCACCAACCCCUCCGUCGAGCCCUUCCACCGCACCCUCCCCGACUACGCCAUCACCCCUCUAAUCCCCUUACCAGACCUCGCGCAAGAACUCAAUCUAGGCCACAUCCUCCUAAAAGACGAAUCCAGCCGUCUCGGCCUCCCCGCCUUCAAAAUCCUCGGCGCAUCAUGGGCCAUCCAACUCGCCCUAACCAAAAAAUGCUCCCUACCCAUCACAGCCACACUGCAUGAACUGGGUGCAGCGGCACGGAAAGAAGGGGUGGAAUUGGUGACGUGUACGGAAGGGAAUUGGGGCAGGGCUGUAGCGCGGAUGGCGCAGUAUCUAGGUGUGAAAGCCGUGAUUUUCGUGCCUGAUUUCAUGGAUGAGGCGACGGCGGGGAAGAUUAGGAGUGAGGGCGCGACGGUGGUGGUUGUGGAUGGGGAUUACGAUUUCUCGAUUGAGAAAGCGAGGGAGGAGGCGGAGAAAGCUGGAGGGGGGAUGUUGGUUAUGGAUGUGAGUUGGGAGGGGUAUGAGGAGAUUCCUGAGUAUGUAGUACAAGGCUACAUAACCAUGCUCACAGAAACCGAUACCCAACUCAAAGACAUGGAUAUGAAACCCGUAACCCACGCCAUCGCCGCCGUAGGCGUAGGCUCCUGGGCCCAAGCCGUAACCAGCCGCUACAAGUCCUCGUCGCUCCCUCAAACCGCCACUGUCAUUACCGUCGAACCAGAUACAGCAGCCAGCCUCCUUACAAGUCUGGAGAAAGGCAAGAUCACACCCAUCUCCACCGGCCAUACAAUCUGCAACGGCAUGAACUGCGGGACGACGAGCACGACGGCGUGGGAGGUGUUGAGGAAGGGGGUUGAUAGAUAUUGA